UUUUUCUACACUAUUUAUAAAGGGUUCUCAUUUUCACUUUUCCUUUUCUUCUUUCUCUUUUCAUAUCUUAUUGUUGAUAAAUUUUUUUUCUUUUUGCUUCAAUUUUUUUUCGGCUUGUAUAAAACAGAAAAAGUAAAAAAGAAGAAAGGAUUGUUUCUCUUUUAUUUAAAACUCUAGAUAAUUGAAAAAAAAACAAAGGGGAAAAAUGGAUAGAAUAAAUGAUUCUCCUAAUGGUUUUUUUAGACGCUCUUCACAACAACUUGAACAAAAUGAAAUAGAAGAGCAACAACAACAACAACAACAACAACAACAACAACAACAACAACAACAACAACAACAGCGACAGCAACAACAGCAACACCAGCAACAUGAAAUGCUCCAACACCAAAUUCAACAAACUUUGUCGGCAGGUUACAACCAACAAAAUGAUACUGCCAUUUUAGACAUGCCACAAAAUUUCUACUCCAACACCGAGUCUAUUGAGCAAUUUGACCCGCAUAUGAUUAGCCAGCAAAACAAAAUUCUCUAUCCUAAUCAGCCAGCAUUGCUUCAACAAGCCAGUAACAACCAGCAGUUUAUUAUGCAUGAUGACCUAAUGUUGAAGAAUAACUUCUUUAAUCCAAACAAUACCGAUAGUAAUCAUAACAAUAACAUGUACUCCCAACAACAGCACCAACAAAUGCUGAGUUCGGCUCGCCAGACAAACUCCGUACUUCACUUUGGCCAAUCUUCCUCAUUGUCACUCGAUCCUAAUCUCGAUCAGCUUGCCAGUCAGCAACAACCACAACAAGUGCGCCAAGAACACGACGUGUUUUAUGAGUUGAUAUCUUUAGCUACUAAUUUAGGUGGAAGAACAGGUAUGAAUUCUUGGCCUACAGAAGACCCCAUCUUGGAUCAAUUUAUUCCCACUUUUACAAGUACAAACACAAUUACCCAACAAUUACAACAAUCACAGCAACACACACAACAACCACAGCAACCACAACAACAAUUCAAACAACCAAAUUAUUAUGCACCUUCUAUUGAAGACAAUGGGAUGGAUGUGAUGGAUCAUUCAGUUUAUAAUGAUAAAAUCUACAAUCUAGAGGUUAUACAACAGCCCCUGAGAGCAAGAAUGUGUGGAUUUGGAGACAAGGACAGAAGACCAAUAUCCCCUCCUCCUAUUCUAAAACUGACUAUUACUACAAAAUCCGGGCAGAUCAUAAAUCCAGAGACGUUUGAUAUCUCUUUUUUGGUCGUUAUGUGUGAUUCCUGCUUAGAAUAUACUUCUGGAGAAGGAAAGGAUUCAUCGCCUUCGUCCAAUGGUACACUUUCACAAAUCGUCAGCUUUCCAACUGUAGUGGCAGAUGAAGAUGGUAAUGAAAGGCAAACUACUGUCCAAAUGAAAAACUUGGUGGGAUCUUCUGUGUCUUCUGCUAACAAACUGUAUGACCUUGAUGGUAAACUGGGUAUCUUUUUUAUCUUUCAAGAUAUCAGCUUGAGGACAGAAGGCUGCUUUCGUCUUCGAUUCUCUCUGAUUGAUGUUGCUUCUCCAUACUCCCAAAAUGUCAAUACAAGUUCUGUUUCACGUGUAUUGAAAAUGGUCCAAACUGAGCCUUUUAUGGUUUAUACAGCAAAGAAAUUUCCAGGCGUUGUUCAAUCAACUCCACUUUCAAGAUGCUUUGCUAGUCAAGGAAUCAAAAUACCCAUUCGUAAAGAGAAGAACAACAAGCGUUCAUUAAGAGAAGAUAUUUCUGACAGAGAGAACGAAGAGGAAUAAAGAAUAAAUUUGAUUUUUGUCAAUUACAAAAGAGGAAAACAAGAAGAACAAAUAAAAAGAACAUCAUAUUGAAACAAAU